AUUCCUUUCCCAUCGUCACGUUAUUAUUACGAACGAACUUUUAUUAUAACAGGACGAACGACGUCCACGGUUCUCAGUUCUCAUCACAAAAUCACGAGCAUAUAGUAGGCACUGCUAAGUAGACUACUGUUAUUAUUGUUUGUUUGAUCUCUCUCUCUCCUCGUCCAACCAUUUAACACGUCAACUACCCAACAUUCCGCAAUUGUUGUCACUAAAAACCAAAAUCAUCAUUGGGUUGGGCUCGUCGUCCCUCUCCAAGAACCACAACCAAUAAUAAUCAUAAUAAUAAUACAGCUUUAUAUAAUAGUACAUACACAAAUAUACAAUACAUAUUUCACACUACUGCUCGGACCGAAUUUUAAUACAUUAUCAUCCUCCUCGUUCUUAAAACAAGUAAGAGAUUAGUGUUGCUAGCAUUAUUAUUAGGUUAGCGAUGGGUUAAACGUUCAAUUGAUUUCAAUUGGUUUACUAUUGAUUCUGCUGCCUUUUCGAUCCAAUCGAUUCAACAAACUACAAUACCAAGUAGUCUAAACAAAUAAGUUUAUUCCAAGUAUAUGAAAAUCCAAAUGUGAUGUUGCUGUAUACGUCUCCCUCGUCAGUUUGUGUAACAACUUUUACGAUAUUUGAUAUUGAAAUCCAAGUAUCGUCAUUUUAAGAAGAAGAAAUUCCCCAAGCAAAGAAGACUGGAGAUUACUUUUGCAUGGUCAUUAUAUUAUUACUCACUACGUGCCGGUCUGUUUUUGUAACGAUGUAAUCAAAAUGGAAAGUGUCACCGUGUGAAAACUAUAUAUAUCUAUAGACAUUAGAGAAAGUCGGGUGAAAGUUAGACUCCGUUUGUUUUUACCCCUGGGUCAUGCGAAAGUGGACGGCCAAAGGGAUGUCUUGUGUUCCGUUUCGUUCUUGUAAUCAACAUGUCGAAUUCGUCGACAAGCGACAUCAGUCGCUCGCAACCAUUCCGGAUGAAACCUUUAGGUAUUCUAGAACGCUGGAGGAAUUGUUGCUCGAUGCAAAUCAUAUUAGAGAACUGCCCAAGCAAUUAAUGAAUUUAACAAGGCUGAGAAAGCUGUGCCUGAGUGAUAAUGAGAUAAAAGAAUUGCCACAAAACUUGGGCAACCUCGCCAAUCUCGCCGAACUUGAUGUAUCAAGAAAUGAAAUUCAAAUUAUUCCAACAUCCAUUAGAAGUUUAACGCGUUUAAGGCAACUAGACUUAAGCAGCAAUCCUAUUACAAGCCUACCAGCUUCAUUUUGCGACCUCAAAUCAUUAACGAUCCUUACGUUAAAUGAUACAGCUCUGACUGAACUCCCCGAUGCAUUCGGAAAUUGUUCAUCUUUAAUAAGCGUAGAGCUGAGAGAAAAUGCUUUACGGAGUUUACCUCAAAGUUUCGAGAACUUAAGAAAUCUUGAGAGAUUAGAUUUAGGCGACAAUGAGUUAUCAGACUUGCCUGCGUUUAUCGGCCAGUUGACCAAAUUAACUGAACUUUGGUUGGAUCAUAAUUUAUUAUUUCGCCUGCCUAAGGAAAUUGGACAUUUGGAGAAACUCGUGUGCUUCGAUGUUAGCGAAAACCAACUAGAUGAACUUCCAGAUGAGAUCGGGAAUCUUAGAAAUUUGACAGAUUUUAUCGCCUCACAAAAUAAUAUUGACAGAUUGCCACAAACCGUAGGAAGUUUAUCAAGUUUAGUAGUGUUAAAGUUGGAACAAAAUAAACUGAACAAGGUGCACCCUAACCUUGCGUUAUGUACAAAAUUACAAGAAUUAUUUCUACGAGAAAAUCUAUUAGAUGAACUGGGAGAUUGGAUCGGGAGACUGGAAAAUCUUAAAAUUCUUAACAUGGACUGCAAUAGAAUAACAACUGUUACAGAAAAAGUUGCAAAUUUAGGAGAACUUGGAGUUUUAUCUCUUCGAAUGAACCUGCUAGAACGCCUCCCAGAUGAAGUUGGUUCUUGCGUUAAGCUCAUGGUCAUCGACGUUAGUGGCAAUAGAUUGCAAAACCUCCCGUUCACAAUUGCUUCUCUUCCGUUGUUGAAAGCCGUUUGGCUGAGUGAAAACCAAAGCCAAGCAAUGCCGAACUUCAAUGUGGAUUAUGUAUUUAAUGAACCAAUAUUGACAUGCUAUCUGCUACCGCAAAUUGGAGCAGAACCUCUGAAUCCACCACUGUCGCUUAAUAGUCUGUAUCGAGCAUCUGGAGAUCUAGAUUUGAAUUCAGGAUUAGACUACUUUUUAACAGAAGAUGGUCUGCCCUCCACAGCCAAUGGAGUAAUGAGAAAUGCCGUUGGUCUUCCUAAACUUUCACCCACAGAUGUUGACAUUACGGCCAGGAACACGACUGUGAAGUUUGAUGACGGUUCGGAUGAUGAGUCAAGCGUGAAUGGGGCAGAGUCGGAGUCAACUGGAUUCGUACGUCACAACACACCGCAUCCGAGGGACUUGAAGGCAAAGUUUCAAAAAUGGUUUGGCGGAUCAAAGCCAAAAUCAAAGACGGUGGAUAAAGUGUUUGUUGCUUCAGAUGAAAAUGAAAACUCAAAGGGACCAUUUAGACCAGAACGCCAAAAGAUUGACGUCAAUGAACCAUAUAGCCAAUUGCAUGGUCAUAAACAAGCCCAUGAAGUUGAAAAAGCGAAAAUAGAGGAAAACCGAACAGACUCCAGUGAACAAGACGAUACUGAAACGGAUGACCAAGGCUUAACUGGGGACGAGAAACAUGUUGAAUUCAUCGUGGAACAAGAAGAACCAGACGAUGAUGACGAACCUGGAGAAGAGAGACUCAAUCUUCGACUUCAAAGAAGAGAUACUCCUCAUCACUUAAAAAAUAAACGUAUUAAUCCGGCAGAUGCGGAUGCUGAAGCUCUUCAAGCGAUAUUACAAAAGGUACCAUCACCAUCACCCCCAAAACGCAUGCAAAACGAUGAACCAAUCAACUCUCCUUUUGAAACGGAAGAUUCCAUAGACUCGAACAGUAUGAAACGACCUACUACUGUAGAACUUGAGUUGGUUCUUAAUCGUGAAGGGGGGCAGCCUUUCGGUUUAAAUAUUGCUGGAGGUUUGGGCUCGUCACCAUUUGUGGAUAAUGACCAAUCAAUCUUUGUGUCGAAAGUAGUACCUGGAGGAUUAGCUGAUGGGGCCGGGCUAAAGGCGGGUGACCGCGUCACACAAAUAAAUGGGAUCGAUUUCACAAACAUUGAACAUCGUACUGCCGUGGACACUAUUCGUAAAGCUGGUAACCGAAUAGUGUUUGUGGUAGAGAGAAAAGUUUUAGGAGGAAAUUAUCCGGGACCACAAGGAGCGGAACUUGGGGAGCCGAGGAGUGUGUCUUGGAACGGUACUACUGCUACUACAGCUUCCAAUAAUGACGACUUCCCAAAUUCAAAUCCAUCCCCUUCGCCUUCGCCAAACCUAGUUUUUCCUUGUCCGAAACCUUACAAAGCAAUGCCCAAUUUUGAUGCAAUGAUUCCGUCCGAAGUGAAAAACCCUUCUGCCGUGGUCACCGUUACAAUAAAACAACCCGACACUGUAUCUUCUCGUGUGCCAGAUAUUUUUCCACCAGCACCAACAGACCUCGGUACUGUAACUGAAGUAAUUACUAAAAGCACGUUGACAGAAACUGUCUUUACACGUGUUACCCACAAUGAGCCAGUCAUGGCCCCCGUUACGACAGAUAUGAUUUAUAUUGAAAAAACGUCGGAGGAAUCAUUGGGAGUGAAAAUCAUCUCUGGGUCGGAAGAGGCAUGUUUCCCCUUCUCAUUUCCUAAUCAGCCGGGGGUUUAUGUCGUCUACGUCACAAAAGAUGGUCCUGCAGCUCGUGCCGGAUUAAAAAUUGGUCACCGAAUUUUAGAAAUUAACGGACAAAUGGUGGACCCUACGGAUAAAAAUAAAAUUGCCAUUUUCUUGCUUCAAGCUGGUAACAAGGUGGACCUUAGAGUUAGGAAACAUGGGCCUCCUCCUGGAUUUAUGCCGAUAGAGUUCAAUCGAGAUGAAAAAGAACCUCUUGGGAUGCAUAUUAAAGGCGGGACCGACAACCCUGGAAAUCCAUUGAACAAGGAUGACACUGGCAUUUUCAUAUCAAAAAUUUUACCAAACGGAGCUGUUCACCGAAAUGCUCUAUCAAGAGUUGGAAUGCGAAUAUUAUGUGUCAACGGAAAUCCCCUCUUGAAUAUUACACACAACGACGCUGUCAACGUAUUUAGAAUGGUUAGAAGUGAUAUAGAAAUGCUGUUAGCAAACGGAUACGAUCCAAAGGAAGUGGAACAACUAAGGAGUGAAGGAAAACUCCCAGACAAAAUUGUUGAAAUUCUAUCAAACAGCGAAGAAGCAGCUGCGGCUAUUUCUCAGUACUCGAAUGAGGCUGAGCCAAGUGCAAAACAAUCUGUAGACAAAGUUAUGGAGGUUGUAAAAGCUGCGGAGCAAUUGGUGGUCCCUUCAUCUCCAACACCUCCAAAGGAAAAAUCUGUCGUUGUUCCUGGGAGUCCAGGCCCCGUCCAUGACAUGAAGAAAACUACAAUAGUUAUGUCUGGUCACUCGAAAACUUCUCCUGGUCUUGGCGGUUCGAAAAAGUUUUUCACUGCAGACAAUGAAAAUCAAUUGGGUUCUUCGGAACAUCUAGAACCCAAACCUAGAACUCCUCAUCACCCACCAACCUAUGCCAAUUUAAAUGACCUUCAUGCCGGUUCCUCGGAUGAUGUGGAAUUUAUUGAUGACGAAUCGAACGAUGAGCUCAGAAAGUCCAAUGGGGACUUGAUUCAUGGAGUGGGAGUAGAAGCGAGAAACCCCAUUUUCAACGGAGCGGAUCAAGAAAAGCGAAAAAUGAUUCCCCCAAUGAAUUUAAAUUUGCAGCACAACACUAGUAAUAGUAGUAGUGGGGCAGCAGAUCCCAAUAACCCACCUCCAGUUCCCACGCCUAGAACAAGUCUGGGCAGUUAUGGCAGUGGGCGGCUUUCUCCCGAAGAGCAACCAAAGGAGCUCAAAGUGAAAAUUAAACAACUUCCUCCGUCCAAGAGUUUUAGCAUUAGUCCAAUUCCCCACCAUAUUCCAUUAGCACCAACUGAAGAAUUUGACCCUGCAGAUACUGAGGAAUCCGUAUUCCAGUUUUCGCCAGAAUUUCAUCGAGUUCCGUCCCCCAUGUUGAACAGGCCUCAUUUGACCUAUAUCCAUACUGAGGAUUCACAUAACAAGUUCCACAAGGAAGAUCAACCUGUUGAGAGCAAUAAUGAUGAUAUUAUUCCUCAAGGAGAGCUAGAAGAUAGCGAAGAGGAACAGGAGGAGGGGGUCCAGUCCAAAGAAGAAAGUAGUAAACCUCCUUCCCCUCCUCCCACGGGGCCUAUUGUUACUGGACAAGGUUCACGAAGUAACAUUGUUUCUGCACGAGCAAAAUUUUUUGAACAAGAAAUCCAGCAUCAUCAGGCAGCUCCUGCAAAGUCUUCAAACAAGCAGUUUUCAUUUUUGAGUCCAUAUGAAAUUGAUCGCAUGAAACAAGAGGAGGAUAAUAAAAUCGCAGCAGCAGCAGCAACAAUGAGUCAAAUCGAAUACUUGAGGUCUGGUGAAUUGGAGCAAGUGGUAGAAGAGGAGGAAGAGUAUGGUGACGAUGAUGAGCUUAUGAUGGGUGGCAAUCAACAAGGAGGAGGAGAACAAGAAGGGAAGGAACAGGGAUCUCAAAGUGGUGCUGAAACUGCUUCCGGUGGUGAAAGUGGCUUCCCUUCAGAAAGAGCUUCUGGACAUGUUAGAUCCAUCUCUGCAUCCAGUGUAAGUUCCGUUUCUUCCACCAGCAGUGUCCGCACCGCAAAAGCCGAAAGACGGUUGAAAGAAAGGCUGAGUCAAGAGGGCCUAUUUCCUUCAGAUGUGAUUACGUCCUCGGAUAUGAGUCCAUCGGAACAAAGAGCUUUGCAAGCUGAGAAAAGGGCAGCUUGGAGACAGGCUAGAUUGAAGUCACUAGAACAGGACGCUUUGCAAGCACAAAUGGUACUGAACCGGAUUAGUGAAAUAAUUGACAGUCCACCUCCGGUUACGAAUGCGAAUCAGAGUUCGACUCUACAGAGGAAAUUAGAUAAUGUUUCAGAGGAUAAUCCAGAAUUUCCUGAUGAGGAAAACAAUAUCAGUAUUAAUAAACCAACAAAACUAGGGUCACCGUCUACUACUAACACUCGAUAUAGCCAUUCAUCUUCAUCAACUUCAGCGGUUUCUAACCAAUCCGAGUCCCAACUACCAAAUGUCCGUUUCCCAUCCCUAUUCAUUCGUCAUCGAUCUUCUGGUCCAAAGAAAAUAAUUGGGCAGAGAGAGCGUUUGCUCGGCGAGAAAAUAUCUAGAAAAACUGAGGAGUGGCUCAAUGAGGAGACUGGAGCUGUAGAGAUACGGACAGUUGAAAUUGUUGAAAAAAUUAUUGAACACGAGGUGGAGACUACCGAACAGAAAAUAAUUUCAAUAGAACUUGAUGGUCCCCUCAGCCCAACCAGCCCCACUUCAACCGAUGAUGGAAAUACAAGCUUUCCCCUUCCAACUGGCACAGGGAUCACUACUGGAAGUGCUCGGAAAAAGAAGCGAAAAAAUUCCAAGAAAAAAUGAAAAACUGUACAGUAUCAACCACCUGUUACGCACAAGCUGGGGGUGCUUCAUGUGCACUCGGCAAAAAUGAAAUUGUAGCCCAGUUAGUUAUCAAGUCCAUGCAUCUAUUAAGAUAUUUAUUAUUAUUAUAUAGAAUUUCUAGUAUUAUUGUAAUGACUUUCGGAUCAGAUCGGACUCGCUCUUUGAAAUUAAGUGUAACAUGUUCUUUCCAGAUUCCGUUUUUGAAUUCUAUUUAACUCGUACUACUAUUCUACAUUUUUUGAUACACCAGACCAAUGAAUGGUUUAAUUUUUAGAUAUUAUUGUGCUCCGAGUCAAUAUUUUAUUAUAAGCAUAACUUGCUGAUUCGCACCAGGAUUGCAGAAAAUAAUAAUUUAAAAUCAUCUUUCUACAAUUUUUAUCCCAGCUUGGCAAAAUGACCAAAACCAAUAUCAGCAGAAUUAUUUUAUUGUUGUGUUACUAAAAAUGUUAUAUUUUAAGGGUAUUUUAUGACAAUGUUCAAACAUUUUGAAACAUGCAAUAUCAUGAGUUUUUACAAAGCAAGUAGUUAAUUUUUUCAAUAAACAUGAAACAAGGAA